CUAGAAAAAGUGUAGUAAUAACUAGAGCUCUUGCAAACAAGCCCUGUGUGACGCAUCGAUUAGCUAUUUCAUUGUAAAUUCUUUAGCUUAGUAAAUUUAAUAAUCUCUAUUUUUUAAUUUGAUUAAUCUAUACGACAAACAUUCUUUUGUUGUGCAAAUUGUGCUUCAUUUUAUAUAAACCUUUUCGUUUUUUUAAAAACCAAAAUCGCGCAGUAAUACAACACAAAAAUAGUGCAAUUCGCUCAUCAAGAUGGAGGCGGUGGCAUUACACCCAUUCACAGCAACAGCUGACGACGAGCUUAGUUUUAAAAAAGGAAAUAUUUUAAAGAUUCUUAGUACAUAUGAUGACAAGAAUUGGUAUAAAGCUGAGCUGAAUGGGAAGGAAGGCUAUGUACCACACAAUUAUAUAGAAAUGUACCCUCAUUCCUGGUAUGUUGGUAAAGUGAGUAGAACAAAGGCUGAAGAGAUGCUGCUAAGGACGGAGCAGCCAGAUGGCGCUUUUCUCGUCAGGAAUAGCGAAAGUGCUCCGGGGGAAUUUUCCAUCACUGUCAAGUUUCAAAAUGGAGUCCAGCACUUCAAAGUGUUGCGAGAUGGGGCUGGCAAAUAUUUCUUGUGGGUAGUCAAGUUUAACUCAAUCAAUGAGCUGGUGAAUUACCAUCGGAAGGCAACGGUCAGCAGGUCACAUGACAUCUACUUUAAAGAUAUGGUUCAUCAAGAUCUUGGAGUCCAGCGAGUUCGGGCUCAGUUUGAUUUUGAUGCCCAGGGCUGUGAUGAGCUUGGAUUUCGGAAAGGAGACAUUAUCAAAGUGACACAGAAAGUGGAUGAAAGUUGGUGGCGAGGAGAACUGAAUGGCCAAGAGGGAAUGUUCCCUGUGACCUAUGUGGAGAAACUAACUGAUGAUCUACAGCCAAUUCUUUGAGAUUCCUUAAUGUUUUUUUUGUUGUUUUUUUUAAUCAAAGGAUUUCAAAGAUGAGCCUGUACAUACAUUUACAAAAUAAACUCUUGGUCACACACUUGUGUUAGGAUUAUAACAUAGAGACAUCCAGUUGUCAGCCUUGCCAGAUAUCUCUUUCAGCUGUGUGGCUACUACAAUAAGGUAUUAACUAAGCGAUGUUGGAUACUUGAAUACUCCAAACUCGUCUUAGUUUCCUAGGGAAAGAAAAAAUGUUUCUAUUUUACUUUUUUUUUAUGUUUUUAAUACAUUUUACAAUUUUUUUAAUUUUUUUUUUAUGGUUGAGCUAUUUAGGCCAGCAGGUUCAUUGCCUUUGUGUGAUGUAAAUAAUACAUUUGAUCUAGACAAGGAUGCUCCACAACUGUUCUAGUCAGCCAAUGUGCAUACUUUUUUUUUUUUUAUAUCAAAUCAAAAAAAUGAAAUUUAUAUAUAUGUAAAUGUUGCUGUGAAAACACAAAAAAAAAAAAAUAAUUUUUUAACCACAAAAAUGAAAUACAGUGCAGCGUUUACUUUCUUGUGUGAUAGUGUCAUAUAAGAACACUGAGUGUUGGUUCAUUUGACAAACCAGCCAUUCAAAUAUCAGUGGGAGUGUUUUUUUUUUUUUUUUUUUUUUUUAACUCUAUUUGUGAUUCUGAAAUACGCAGCCAUUUCGUUUCCGUGUGAAGUUAGAAACUAUGUGUAUCGGUCAUAAUAGAGCAUCCUUAAUGUUCAUGACAAGGUGUCACUUUGAAGUUGAACGCCUGCGAAAGUGGACGCUUUGUCAUACUAAGAGUUAGGUCUAGCUAGCCAAAUAGUGUAACUCUGAGCUUUCUGACCUUUUUUUUUUAAACAAUGAUUUUUUUAAUGAUAUUUGAAAAGUCUUGAUGUAUUAUUGGCUUGCUAUUUUGUAUAACUUAAUGAUUCGUGUAUACAUGCUUCAAGUUGUUACUGCUGUCAUCAGGAACCACCUGCGUAGUUUAUAGGCUUAGGGUUCAGACAACUAGUCCUGUAUUUCUGGUGAAUUGCCCAUUAGUUUUCAGAUCAGACAGCUCGCCAUAUAGCUUUUCUUCUAUAUUGGUGUUUUGGGGCUAGUGUCUUAAGAAUGCCUCUUUAUGUUUUGGCAUUCUCUGGUGACACUGAUUGAACUCAUUUAACUUCAAAGUCUUGAUUUUGUAAUAUAAAAAUUUUAUUUAGAGGAUUCAAAGCUUGCAGCAUAUCAUUUCAAUAUAAAGUGACUUGAUAUUUUCCAUUUCUUCGCUAGCUCAUGAGCAUAAUGACAGUUUUCACUGCGGUUGUUAAUUUCUUUUGAGAUCGCAGAUUGGGUAGACAUCCUUUCGUCUGCCGUUAAAUAAACAUUUUCUUUAGGAUACAAAUAGUAUUUUGUGUAGCUCCACUCUAGAAGGCUAACAGCUGUUUCAGUUGGGGACAAACUUCUUGACUUGUGUGUACAGUGACAUGUUUUGUUAGAUAUUAUUGAUGUACAUACAAUAUUUUGAUUCAGAUCUGAGUUUGACCAAUUGUAGAACGCAUUGACUUCUCGUCGGCAUAGACGCUAAUUCUAAACAAGUAGGUCCUGAUGCGCUUGGCUGCAUUAACUGUAUCAGUUAAACAUAGCUGCUAGAUUACAUCAUGGUUGUUUGUUUCUAUGAGAGAUUUGGUAGAUUUAGUAUUUAGGGGUUCAAGACUCGUUAGCUCCUGACACUUUAGUGUGUUUGUUGUUGCUACUUGGCUACCAUUCAAUCAGCCUAACAUUCUGGACGUCGUGUGUGUACAUUAAGCAGCAUUACUGGUCAACUAGUUGACGGCGAGCAGUGCAUCUGAUGUGAUUGUGCACUGCAUAGUCUGGGUACAUUUUACACUCGAACAACUUAUGAAAGGAUGAUAUGAGAUUAUGCUGUGACUUUGAAUUUAAUCUAUGUGACUGAAUUUAAUCUAGUUUUUAAUAGAUUGGUUGUAACUGAACUGCCUUAAAAAAAAUCAAGUUGGAUACCUAUGUAGAUAUAGAAAGGAACUAAACAAUGGAAGUCGAUGUGCUUAGUUGUUUUGUUUCGUUGUGUUUACUGCUAGUUUUAACAAAAAAUGAUGUCGUUGUAAGUUAAUAUUUGUCUUGAUGUGUAAUUGAUACGACUUGUACCUGUUAUCUAAAGCGUUUGUGUGAAAUUCGUGCUCCAGAUCUUAAUUUGAAUGGUGAAUUUAAACAAAAAAAAAAAGGGUUUGCAUAACAUUCACUUGGAUUUGCUGUACAUGAAUGUAUUAUAUUGAACAAAAUCAUUUGUGUACUUUACCAGUGUGUAUAUAUAUAUAUAUAUAUAUUUACAACAUGUUGAUGUCUGUAUAGAAUUAUUUUUUUUCCUACAACUUGUUCUUUGGAGGGAUUGGCAAGGAUGAAAAUAUUGUUUCCUUAUACUGCAUACAACUUUUUGUAUUGUUCUUGAAAUGUCACUAACAUAUAUAUUUGUUUGUUUUCAAUUUACUCUGUUGUAUACAUUCUAUAAUUUAAAAAAAUAAAAAGGGGGGGAGGGAUUGAUACAUACCUUGAAAUUGAUGUCUACUAUUAUUGACGAUUCCUAAACAGCUUAAAUAAUUCAUUUGCACUAUCUUUCUGCAGUUUAAUGUAAUUUCAAAUCUCUCAAUCAUUUAAUAGCUCUAGUGGUUUUUGUGUUUUGUUUUAUGAUUGAGUUCUGAGAAUUAUGUUUUCUUUGAAACAAAUGAUCACUGUAAGGGUUGAGCUUAAUGUUGUCAUGGAAAUUGUUGAUUGACUUGAUAUUGAAGUGGACUGUCUUCUUGUUCACUGCUUUUUUUAACAUUGUGUAGAUCAUGGUCCAAGUCUUGUGAAUAAAACAGCUUGUAGUGGGGACA